CACAGCAUCUUCACGUAUUGACACCUCCACAGCACAAGUCAAAAUGUCUUACCCAAUCAGCGCUCAGCCUCAGGGUACUCAGAUGUAUGCCACUAGCAGUGAAUGGAAUUCUGAUGUGUUUGACUGCUGUCAAGACAUGGGCAUCUGUCUAUGUGGAACAUUUCUUCCUUGUAUCUUGGCCUGUAGAGUUGCUUCAGAUCUCGGAGAGUGCUGCUGUCUACCUUACCUUGGUGUCACCAUUGUCGCCAUGCGCACAGCAAUCCGAGAACGCUAUCGCAUUUCCGGCAGUAUUUGUCAUGACUGCAUGUGCCUCACAUUCUGCGGAGCAUGCACUAUGUGUCAGAUGGCUCGGGAACUGAAAGCAAGAAUCUAAAGAUUACAAAAAAUACAUCUGCAAUGGAAUGCACAGCAAUACUCACUCGGAUCAUUAAUAUACGCAUGGACAAUGACAUUCCCUCUUCAUGAUAUAACACUAGAGAUGAUAACGUCCAUAUACAACAACAAUGUAAUUCCGGAGCAUACUGUAAAUGCUAUAUUGUUACUAAUUACAGUUUACAAUCAUGUAUUACAAAUGUAUAUAUAUAUAUAUAUAUAUAUAUAUAUAUAUAUAUAUAUA